GGGAGGAGCAAUUGUCCGACCUGGCCCCUCGUUGGAGCCAUAGCACCACAGUGGCACUAUCUCUAUUAAUAUGCUAGGCCGAGUUGCCUGGCCCUACGGACAUCGAGAAGGAAAAUAACGGCCUUGGGAAUAGAGGCUUAGGAGUCCAGGCUAGGCGAGGUCUGACUCCUUUGUGUGACUGUCGAGUCGUUUGUUAAGGGACCGGCUUGUGCGCGCAUCGUGCCAGUGUACUCACUCCACCCUCGCCGGGCGUUCUAAGUUACGGUAAGAGCCCAACUCGGAGCCUGCCAACGGCCACCCACUCACAUUGGCGCCCGGCCCGCCCAGAAGCCACCGCCCCCGGCUGACUGCCAGUGUCUGUGCCCAUCCAUCACGCUCUCUCACCCAGACUCUGGCAUCGGCGAGUGCGGUGCGUCAACGAUACCAGACCCGGACCCUCUCGCAUCUGAGAUGUUCUUGUUGGAUCUACGCCGACUCUGCUAACCAUCCUAACAACAACAUCGUCUUAAUUCUGCCUCGUCCACUUUGGACCUGCUUCUCUCCUUCUUGCUCUCUAUCACUGCUUUAACCUUUAUCUUCAGCCCACACUAUCCUCUCCCCACCCAAGACAGACAGCCGCCGGGUGCUAGAGCACUCGUUUUGUUUACCUUGCCGCCCCAAUCACACCGGCGGUCCCAGAGCGCCACUAUCUACGACCCUCGCACCCGGCGCAAACAAACACAGCCACACCACCCUCGACGGUCAACUAUACAUACACAGACACACAUCAAUGCCUCUGUGCGGCAGCAACAAGGUAGUCCAGCGCAAGCUGGUGCUCCUCGGAGACGGCGCAUGCGGGAAAACCAGUUUACUCAAUGUCUUUACUCGCGGCUUCUUUCCGACGGUAUACGAGCCCACAGUAUUCGAGAAUUAUGUGCACGAUAUCUUUGUCGACGGAAUCCAUAUGGAACUGUCGUUAUGGGACACUGCGGGACAGGAGGAGUUUGACAGACUACGGUCGUUGUCGUACGAUGACACACAGGCGAUCAUGCUAUGCUUCAGUGUCGACAAUCGAGGAUCUCUGGAAAACGUCGGCACGAAAUGGAUCGCAGAGAUCAACGAACACUGUCCUGGUGUCAAGAUCGUCCUCUGCGCCCUCAAAUGUGAUUUGCGGGAAGAACAAGAGAAAGACGACGAGGAAGAACGGACUGCGCCUCCGAGAACCAUGAUACAAUACAACGAAGGUUUGGAAGUAGCAAGACAAAUUGGUGCUUUAAGAUAUCUCGAAUGCUCGGCCAUGCGAAAUCGUGGAGUUAAUGAAGCUUUUACGGAAGCCGCCAGAGUCGCCCUCCAAGUCAAACCAGCUAGAUCCAAGGAAGACUCGAAAUGCACGGUGAUGUGAAGAGCCACAACCAUCAGCAUUACUGGCUGCCGAUUCCUCCAGCCAAGUCCUGCAAUCACUUUCAGCUCUGGGGCCUUGACAUCGUUCGGGCUUGCGUCGUCGAACUUCUCCCUCCACCUCUUCAUGUAAAUAACCCCUCGCUCCGCUUCACUUCCCACGCCUCCUCUCCGGCAGGCGGCUAUCUAUGCAGAUAUUUUGAGUUUAGCGCUUGAGACUUUGUUGGUAUGGCCUCGCAUUUGGAAACCAGAGGCACGGUACGCAAGAUGGCGUUACUGUUGGCUAGUGCAGUGCCGGCACUGGGAGAUAUCACAGCAAUGUCUGGGUUUGUUAGGUGUUCAAGUUGGGCUCAAAGCAACCGGGAACCGGCCCCCUGCCCAGCCACACAGCCAGGGUGGAAUAAGAAAUGCCCGGCUUUUCCCACCCAACAAGAUAUGGUGAUGAAGAAACAUUGGACACUUCAAUCAAUAAUACCGUUCACCACUGGUUGACCAUUGCUUCGACCUCUUUCAACAUCUGUCGUGGUAGGCGCGGAGCCAUCAUCGACCAAAACCCAAUCCUUGACUCCUCCCUUCCAAUCAGCUAUCCGGCCUUCGCGUAUUGGGACCAAGACAACCCUCACAUCGUCUCCUGCAAUAUAACAGCUGCUGUUGCCUUCUGUAAUGGGGCCAUCUCCAAACAUGCCUGCCUCUUGUCUCACUUGAUCUCCAAAUGUGUUAUUGGCAAGAUGUGCUUCCUUGCACCAUUUUUCUUCCUCACUUCCCUGCUCCAGAAACCGGGCUUCACCUGCGAUGGUGGUAGAUAUGGAACUCAAAGCUGAAGUGUUGAGGUUCAACAGCAGGCUUGCCAGGCUAGAUCGAGCUGCCGCCGCCGGGGGACUGCCCGACCGUUCUCCCACGACGGAGCUUGCAGUUGGCGGCCGAUGGGAAACCCAGUCGUGAACCAGGAGCGACACCUUCGGAUUAUGCAGCAGGUUCCGUGUCUUGAUUGACUGGGCGUUGGUGGUCAUGAUGAUGACAGGACCGUGUUCUUUAUAUGAAGGGAGGAAAGUAUAAUUCAUCAGCGAAACGUGCGGUGUCGGCUGGGAGCUUUCGGUGGCGGAUAUCGUGGCCAGAUGGAGGAACCUCGAGUUCUGGAGGCAUUGUGACACUUCUGGAGGCAAGGUGGAGGAGACGAUGCGGUGUGUUGCGGUCGCGGAUGGUUCGUAGUUGAGCGGUGGAUUGUGAGCUUCGGACAUGAUUGCGUCGAUCUUCGAGGCUGCCCAGGUGGGAGAGUGCGCAAGAGGUCUGAUCUUCUAGACCCAAAGGUUUAAAUUGUUCAAGAAGAGCACAUGUGAUAAAGAGCUUCUCGCAAAAUGCUCAGACUAGGGUCAGCCGAUCGACUUCGCAGUACUGCUAGUAUGUUGUAAUGGUACACGGUUGUCGGUGGGCAACUUUUUCAGCUUGUUCC